GCCAAACCACACAAGCAGCAGUCGCAUCUCCUCGAGAGCUCGCACUGAUCCUUGUGUCACCGGGAAAGGGAGUAGGAGAGGGGACUCUUGGCUCCGGGACACUAGUUCUUGGCUAAGAUCUUCUCCCUCCCUCCUUUCCUCUCCCUCCAGCUGAUACCUUCACUAGCUAGCAGUAGCCGAGUCUUCUUCGCCGUCGUCGUCGCAAUGGCUGGGGGCCUCUUCGACAUGUCUCACCCGGCGAGCGCCCUCGCCGGCAUCGCAGGAAACAUCGUCUCCUUCUUCGUGUUCCUCGCGCCAAUGGCGACGUUCCUGCAGAUCUACAGGAAGAAGACGACGGGCGGGUUCAGCUCGGUGCCGUACGUGGUGGCGCUCUUCAGCUGCUCGCUGCUCAUCUUCUACGCGCUGCUCAAGACCGACUCCCCCCUCCUGCUCACCAUCAACAGCUUCGGCUGCUGCAUCGAGACCGUCUACAUCGUCGCCUACCUCGUCUACGCGCCGCCCCGCGCCAGGCUCAGGACGCUCGCCUACUUCUUCGUCCUCGACGUCGCCGCCUUCGGCCUCGUCCUCGUCGUCACCAUGUACGCCUUCGCGCCGGCCCACCGCGUCAAGUUCCUCGGCAGCGUCUGCCUCGCAUUCUCCAUGGCCGUCUUCGUCGCGCCGCUCUCCAUCAUCGUCAAGGUGAUCAAGACCAAGAGCGUGGAGUUCCUGCCCGUCGGCCUCUCCUUCUGCCUCGUCCUCAGCGCCGUCGCGUGGUUCUGCUACGGCCUCUUCACCAAGGACCCAUUCGUCAUGUACCCGAACGUGGGCGGCUUCUUCUUCAGCUGCGUCCAGAUUGGGCUCUACUGCUGGUACCGCAAGCCCAGCAACGCCGUGCUGCCCACUACUACCGCCGACGCCGGCAACGGCAAUGGCGGCUCCGCAGACCAGCCGCAGGUGCAGGUGAUCGAGCUGCCCGUGCACUCCGUCGCCAUCCUGUCCGUGGGCCCCGUCCCGAUCCUCGGCGUGCACAAGAUCGAGGUCAUCGCGGCAGAGCAGCAGACCGUCAUCGACGUCAAGGACGCCGCCAGGGCUGCCGAGGUCGACCAGCCGGAGGUCAUCGAGAUCGUCCCCGCCCCCGCCGUGUGAGACAGACUUCCACCCCACCCCACCCCACCAACAUCGACGACGACACACGACACGAGCAUGCAUGACACGCCACACGGCAUGCAUGGAGAUGGAGAACUGAUGGGUUUGGUUAAUUAAGUAGUUAAUUAUUACUGAGUAGUAUCAUCGUACUGCAGGGUGCGCGCGCGUGUGGAUUACUUACUUUAGUUAAUUUAUUAUUACUGGAUUGUACUGCGUGGCGUUAGUUAAAUUAUUACCUUCAGGUGUGUGCCUCGAUCUCUCUUAAUCAGUAGUAGUCCGCGUUGGUGCGGUGACAAUAAUAAAACACGACCUACUACUUGUGCAUGUUGUGAUGCAUGCAUGUGUACUGGUCAUUCAUGCUGUA